UUGUCCAUUUGAUCUCAGUACCCUCUGCUCUGCUUCCCCACCGGGUCCCACCCCUCCCGAAUACUCCUUUCUCCCUUCUUCUUCUUCCUCCUCCUCCUCCUCGUUCACCUAAUUAAUUCUCACAUCACUUCCCCUGAACUCUAUCCCUCCUCUCUUUCUCAUUCAUAUAUACACACACGUUUCCCUCUCUCUCCCUCUCUCAUGGACAAGUCGGACAGAGAGACUCAUGACUUCAUGAACGUUCAGUCUUUCUCGCAGCUCCCUUUUAUCCGUCCUCCUCCUCUCAAAGAGAAGCCUGUUAAGCUUUUCGGCAUUGAAUUCCCCAACGCCGACUCUCCUUCUGCCGCCGAUGAUGCCCACUCCUCCGACGCUACCACCGCCAACAAUAAUGCUUUUGAUCUCGAUUCCAAGGACGCCGCCGCCGCCGCCGACAACGCUGAAACUAGCCGCCGAUUCGAAUGCCAUUACUGUUGUAGAAACUUCCCCACCUCUCAAGCCUUAGGUGGCCACCAAAACGCUCAUAAACGGGAGCGUCAGCACGCCAAGCGAGCCCACCUUCAGUCCGCCAUGGGGCACAAUGGCCCGUCCGUCGACGCCGCCUCUCAUGUCUAUGGCCUCAUGAACUACCGGCUCGGCUCUGCCCCGUACCCCCCGUGGCAUAAUAGUAACUCUGCCGGUGGCAGGUUUUAUGGAAGCCAUAGCGCGACCUCAUAUCCUCAUCUGCAACCCAUCAACGGUAGCCCCUUAGCCUUGUGGCGGAUCCCCGCCACCGUCCAAAAUAACCCUACUACUUUCAACCGCGACCGUUCGUUGCACUUACAGCAUUCGUUGCCCUUGCUUGCCGGCGACGAAAUUAAUGCGGGGGCUUCUCAUCAGGUCGCUGGUUCCGCUUCGCAGAAUCGCCUUGUUUAUGACUCUAAACCCGGCGUUCACGACCAUGUUCAAAUAGGUUAAAGUUUCAUAUACCAAAGACCUAAUGCAGAAUUAUGUAGUAUCGUCUCGUAUUCUGUACAAUGUAUUAUAUCGUACUUGUUGGUCUGCAAAUAGAACAGUUCACACGUGUGGCGAUAAUAAAGCGUAGAAGACAGUUGGGUUCGCAUGAAGGUUUUGUCCAGACACACACGUGUGCGUGAAUCCAUCAUAAUGUGGAGACAGAUGGGGUGAUGAGAAAGGACAUGGCUUCUGCAGAUUCAAUGCAAUGUAGUUGAGAAAAGUCAUUAUAUAAAGGGUUUUAGUGGUCUGCUCUAAAUUUGCAGUACAGAAAGUGAUUUUUCAAUGCCAUUUUG